GAAGCGUGCAAAGAGACACCUGUCGAGACUUAUCGUAAGUAAGAAGUGAAAAGGGUGGUGCAGGGAAAGCCCAGGCUGGGUUAGCCUCUUCUGACGUCAAGAAGCUUUAUAAGCGCUCGGCGGGAGAACCAAGGUCCUUUUACGCACAAUGAGUGGAAGAAGCAGACCAAAGAGCACAGAGGAGACUCCAGGCAAGACUCGGGGAGCCACAGGUCCGGGGUCCACUCGGAGGAAACCCUCUGGGAAGGGCGAGGAGAAGAGAGAUGGAAGCUCAAAAGCUGCAGCACCACCAAUGGAUAGGGAUAAGGACAGGGACAGGGCAGGAGGCAGAGGGGGACGCACCGCGACGGUUCCCCGGGGCGCGCCCAGCCCCACUCCCGCCAAAACUCCGCUCAACAGCAAGCCUCCCCCAGCAGCCGCCCCGCGAACAGCAGCGAGAGGUGCAGAAGACAAGAAUACUCCCAGAAACCCACCCAGCAGUACCACCAGCAUCGACUACAACCCGGACAGGGUCCUCCGAGACACUCUCGAAAAGUUAAAAAUCAAGAAAACCGAGAGAAACGAGGCAACGAGGUGCGUAAACGAGAUCCAGAAGGAAAUCGCCAAACACCUGAAAGAGAGUUUAGACUGGUGCAAAGAAAUCCAGGAGCUCAAGACCGGGAGCCACGUCGAAAACGUUAAAAUCUGCGAGUCUGAUGAGUUCGAUGUAAUGCUGGUCAUUUCUGUGGACAGAGUGGACAUUCAACCUUUUAGAGGGGACGGUGCCUUCUACAGUGUGGCACUGAAGCGCAACUCGUGUAAAUCUUUGGACAAAUUUCUCAACAAAGACAAAAUCAUCGAGGCCAGUAAAAUGCUCACAGAGUUCCGGAAGAAAGUGAAGGAAUGUGUGCCCAAGCUGACUUCCAAAUAUAACAUUACAGUGGAGGGUAAAAAGCCAGGCUGUCCCGCUGUGACCCUGCAGGUGAAGGGAAAGGACGGCAGGAUCAUCUCUUUGGACUUUGUGCUGGGGCUGGAGGUGCACAGCUCAAGCUGGCCAGCCAUCACAAAGGAUGGGUUCAAGAUCGACAACUGGCUUGGCAGAAAAGUAAAAACAGAUCUAAAGCGCAAGCCCUUUUAUUUGGUGCCCAAAUAUGAGGGCAAAGGAACCACAGAGUGCGAUGGUGUUAAAGCUAAAGACGCAUGGCGCAUCUCCUUUUCACAUGUGGAGAAAGAAGUCCUGAAAAACCACGGCCACUCCAAGACCUGCUGCGAGGGCCGGCCCAGUUGCUGCAGGAAGCAGUGUCUGAAGCUUCUGAAGUAUCUGGUGCAGGGGCUGAAGGAGCAUCACCCAAAGGAGGCAGGCAAACUAUGCUCCUACCAUGCCAAGACCACACUGCUCCAUGCCUGCGCAGAACGGGUGGAAGAUAGCGAGUGGGAAAUCAGUCAGCUCAGUCACUGCUUCCAGCAGGUCCUCUCUGACUUUGAAAAUUAUUUAAGAAAACAGGAUUUGCCCAACUUCUUUAUCCCCUCACAUAAUCUACUGAAGUCAGCAGGCCUGGACAAGAAAACCUGUAACUUCCUGGCAGACGAAAUCGAGUUCCAGCGAAACAAUUGUUUUCCUGUGUUCCGCUGAGCUGUUUUGUUACUAUUUGUUUGUAAAACACUUAUUAGAAAUUUUGCAUGUUUUUGCAUUUAUUUAAAAUAAAAUAUUCAAAAUUGUUUUGUUUCUUAAAUUGACAAUAGCUUAGAGUUCUGAUUCGAUUUUCACACUACUACUGACAAAUAAUUGUUAGAUGCUUCACUACAAAAAUAAUUUGAUUUACAAUAAAUUUAUUCACAGCUGGAUUUGCAUACCUUUUCUAUGCAAGACAUUUUAAAAAUGCCAUUUGAACAAUAAUUUGUCAAUAGAAGUUAAACAAAUUCACUACACAUUAUGAUUAUUUGAAAAUUAAGUUGGUGUGGUACCGUACAUUGUCAAGUCCUUCAGUUUAGAUGGAAAUUAAUUUAAUUUAUUUGAAUAUCACAUCAAGUUUUACAGCUACAAUAAUGUACUCAUCUCAGGUGUGAAUAUAAUAAACAACAGUAAACUGAACAUGCAAAGUCGAAUAGAUCUGCAUUUUAAAACAAAACAACAAAAACUCAACACUGCUGACAAGCAGGACUGUCCUCUUUCUAAUACAAACAAAAUAAAACAUUUUAAUUGACAAUGAACACAACUAGUGCUGAAAUAAAAUGAAAUAAUGCAGACGUAGAGUAUGUAUUUUCUAUGUAUAGUAAUGUGAAUAUUAUGAUGUAGAGAAUGUUUUCUUCAUGGUCUGAGAACUGUUCAAACCUUGUGUAAACAUUUUAUUCAUUCUUAUUCAAUAAACCAAUUAAAAUUUGA